AUGGCAGCUAAUCCUCACAGAGGCGGUGCAGAUGGUUCCUUUUACGGUGGCGCGGCUCCGUACAGAUCAAGUGAUGGGCUUAGCACUAGAAAUGCUGCUACAGGUUCAGAGGAAAUCCAGCUGCGGAUUGAUCCCAUGCACUCUGAUCUAGAUGAUGAGAUCACUGGUCUCCAUGGCCAAGUCAGACAAUUGAAAAAUAUUGCUCAAGAAAUCGGGUCAGAAGCAAAGUCCCAGAGGGACUUCUUAGAUGAACUGCAAAUGACAUUGAUCAGAGCGCAAGCCGGUGUGAAGAACAACAUAAGGAAACUGAACAUGAGCAUUAUCCGUAGUGGCAACAACCAUAUCAUGCAUGUGGUUCUUUUCGCGCUUGUCUGCUUCUUUAUCCUCUAUAUGUGGUCUGAUGAUGUGAAAGAAAUCAAACUUCAUGUAAUGACCGAGUACAUAUUCCUUGUUCUUGGCUCUGGGCAGUGGUCGAAAGUUCAGGAACUCCUCUCACUAAUCAACAUUGGAACUUGUGGACUGAAUGGCCAGAAACAAAGAGGCCUUGUGGUGAGAGCUGGAAACAAAGAGAAGCAGAUCAAGAAAAUCUCUGGCCAGGACUCACGGCUUCUGUAG